CAGAAACUUUCCAACACUCUUGCCGGCAAGCGUCAUUUGCAAUUUUCAGAAAUCGCCAAUUUUCACAUUGAAAUAAGAUAUUGUUCAAACUAAGAAGCUUAAUUGCAUAGAAAAUGGCUGCAGCUAUCGAUGGUGUUCUCCCAGGCACAUUGCAGGAGCUGGUGAAAAAGUCCAAGGUGCUGGUUGUGGGCGCCGGCGGUAUCGGCUGCGAGGUUCUCAAGAAUCUUGUGCUCAGCGGCUUCCACGACAUUGAAAUUAUCGAUUUGGACACCAUUGACCUGAGCAAUCUCAAUCGUCAAUUUCUCUUUCAUCGCGAACACGUUGGCAAAUCAAAGGCCAAUGUGGCACGGGAAAGUGCAUUGAGCUUCAAUCCGGAUGCAAAGAUUACAGCGUACCAUGAUAGCAUCAUAUCCUCGCAAUUCGGCGCCAGCUUCUUCCAGAAGUUCGAUGUAGUCCUCAGCGCUCUGGACAAUCGUCUUGCCCGCUUUCAUGUGAAUCGCAUAUGUCUUAAUGCCGAUAUUCCUUUGAUCGAGAGCGGCACCUCGGGCUACAAUGGUCAGGUGGAGCUGAUCAAGCAGGGCAUCACUCAAUGCUACGAGUGCACGCCCAAGGAGAAGCAGCGCAAUUUUCCCGGCUGCACCAUCCGCAACACUCCCUCGGAGCCCAUCCACUGCAUUGUAUGGGCCAAGCAUCUCUUCAAUCAACUUUUUGGAGAGUCGAUUGACGAUGAAGACAUUUCGCCAGACGCUGCAGAUCCGGAUGCCCAGAGUGACCCAAAAGAGGCAGACGCAGAUGCAGGCGGAGACGGUGAGGCGAAGAUCAGCGAAGAGAAGAAGCCAACGAAGGAGGACUCGACCAAUGGCAAUAUUGUGCGCAUCAACACCCGCCAGUGGGCCAAAGACUGUGACUACGAUGCUGGGAAGCUCUUUAACAAGUUUUUUAACGAAGACAUCAACUACUUGCUGGAAAUGUCCAACCUCUGGACCUCGCGAAAAGCUCCAGUGCCCGUCUCCUGGGAUACUCUUGUGCCCGAGGGCACCACUGAUAUCCAGCCAGAGUUCGCACGGCAGCAUCACAAGGUGUGGACCGUGGAGGAGUGCGCCCAUGUCUUUGCCAAUACGCUGAAAGAGCUGAGUGCAUCCUUCCUCAAGCUUGAGGCAAAUGGCGAAACUCUUGCCUGGGACAAGGAUGAUCAGCCGGCCAUGGACUUUGUGGCCGCCUGCGCCAAUGUGCGUUCCUACAUCUUCGACAUUGAGCGCAAGUCCAGAUUUGAGAUAAAGUCGAUGGCGGGGAAUAUUAUACCCGCUAUUGCCACCACCAAUGCGAUCACUGCUGGCAUCUCUGUGAUGCGAGCCUUUAAUGUCCUGCAGGCCAAAUGGGAACAGUGCCAGGCCGUCUAUGCUCGCCUUCGGCCCAAUGGACGGGGCCAGUUCCUCGUCCCAGACGCCUCGUUAGCAGCCCCUAAUCCAAACUGCACUAUCUGUUCCCUAGAUCCGACCAUCACCCUCCGCAUCGACACCAAGCGUGUUCACAUUAAGGAGCUACGCGACGAUGUGCUGAUUAAAACACUCAACAUGCUCCAUCCCGACGUGGAAAUGUUGGGCGCAGGCACUAUUCUGAUCUCUUCGGAGGAGGGUGAAACGACAGAGAACGACCCCAAGUUGCUGUGCGAUGUGAAAAUUGUGGACGGCGCAAUCCUAAGAUGUGAUGAUUUUCAUCAAAACUACAAGCUGACCGUAAUCAUAUCGCAUUUCGAUGCAAAACGAGAGGAUGCUCUCUUCGAGGUGGUGGCCAACGGCACUCAGCUGCAGGCCAAAGAGGAGCAGCCAAAGAAGGCGGAAGAUGAAACCGUCAAAGCAAAGGAGGACCGAAAACGUUCGGCGAAUGGUGCAGAUGAUGGCCCCUCCACCUCAAAACGUAGUCGUCCAACCGAAAUUGAAGACGACGAUGACGAUGACUGUCUGGUAAUCGAAGAGGAAAACGAUGAGGAUGUCAUGGUCGUGGCCACAGAUAACCUUUCCGUCGAGAGUGCACCCAAGACGGCCACCAAGCGCAAGCCCAGCGAUGCAAUGGAAGAAGAGGAGGAGGAUAUCACAGAGAUUUUGGACUCGUCCGACGAGGAGGCAGCCGGUCCAACCAAAUGCAAACGUUCCAAGAUUGAGCAGUCCGACCUGAACACUGAUCCGCCAAUGGAAGUCAUCAACAUUGAUUAAACGAUGUACAAUCUUUCCGUUUAAACAUUCUCUAACAAGUUCCAUGGAUAAUUUCACUGUAUGAAAGGCAUUUGAUGAAUAUCACUUUACUGCGAAUAA